AUGUGUACAACUGUCCAGGUGAAUAAAACAGACAACUUACCAAACCACAUAUGCCAGAACUGCCUGAAUUUACUUAAUGGAUGUAUUAUGUUCAGAGACCUUUGCCAGCGCAGCAAUAAAAGACUAGUUGAACUCUCUAUUAAAAAAGAAUAUAGCAACUAUGAUACCAACAGCAACAAUGAAAUAGCGAACGGUGGUGUGAGGAACAGUGAUGAUGAUGAUUAUAACAUUCCAUCGCCUGCCUUCUCAGACAACUCUGAACUGUGGGGGUGUGGAUCGUGUAAUAAAGAGUUUUAUGAUAUGGAUACCUAUAACAAUCAUUUAAACGAGUGCAAAAAGCGAUCAAACGCGUCAAAACCGCAUAAAGAUCCAGAUUUGUUACUAGAAAUGAAGAAGAUGAAGAGUUUUCUUUGUGACAUUUGUGGCAAAACAGCUCGGUCGAGAGGCAGUUUAGUGGUACAUAUGGGAAUCCAUGAAAAUGUGUUUCCGUUUAAAUGCGACGAGUGCCCCUACCAGGGUCGAACCCGGGAUCUGCUAACAGUACACAAACGUUCCCACCUGGUUGAUAAGCCAUACAAAUGCAGCCAAUGUCCUAAAGCGACCACCACAGCGAGCAAUCUCGCUAAGCACAUGAGACACGUUCACAGCACAACUAGGCCUUAUAAGUGCACUUACUGUGACAAGGCGUUCUCGUACCAACACGACAUGAAGCGGCAUCUGAAAGACAUCCAUUUACGGCAAGGCACAGUUGAUUGCGACGUAUGCUGCAAAAAGUUCAACACAAAGAAAAUACUGCAAGGACAUCGUUGGAAGGUACAUAAAAUCAAGGGCGAAAGACAAGGUCGGCUACCUUCAUACCUACAGUACCAAAAUUCGGAGGAAAACGAUAACAAUGCUAUAAAUGCUAACAAUUGCCAUCUUAGUUAUUAAUAUUAGAACCUACGGGUUGUAGCCUGAGUUGUUUUUUAAUAGUUUUGACUGAUUUGUAAAUGAAGUACAGUAUGAACCACUUUAAAUAGAAGACGCUUUAUUCCUAGUUCUUAAUUGAUCGACUACAUUCCCCUCUCGCAUCCUUCAAAUAAUUAAAGAACAAGCUUAUAACGAUUAUUUCGUAUACCUGUUUUUCAGAACCCACUUCGAAUUACAAAUGGCAAAAAUCAUGUGGGCCCUCAGUCCACACACACACGCGACAAUGAUUGUUUUUUUUUAAUGAAUAGACAUUUGCAAAGACUUGGCCUUUUUAAAAUAAAUAAAAUUUUCCUUUUUAUA